CUCUCCUUCCUCCCCCCCCUUCUUCUACUUCACAUAGUUCUUCCCGACCCCGCCCAUCCUUUGCACUGAAGUAACUACCCAGCGCAGCCACCUAGCGCCUCAUUCCAGCCUCGUACUCAGGAGAAGUGAGCCGGUGCCUGCAGACUGUUACAAGAUGCCAAACUGGGGAGGCGGAAACAAGUGUGGGGCCUGUGGCAAAACGGUGUACCAUGCAGAAGAGGUGCAGUGCGAUGGCAAGAGCUUCCAUAAGUGCUGCUUCCUUUGCAUGGUUUGUAAAAAAAACCUGGACAGCACAACAGUGGCUAUUCACGAGGAUGAGAUUUACUGCCGAUCCUGUUAUGGGAAAAAGUAUGGACCCAAGGGCUAUGGCUAUGGGCAAGGAGCGGGCACAUUGAAUAUGGAUAAAGGAGAAAGGCUGGGUAUUAAAGCUGAAGAAUCACAACAGUCCCGUACCAGUGCCUCUGCUAAUUCUUCAAAGUUUGCCCAGAAGUUUGGAGGAACUGAUAAAUGUCCCAGAUGUGGUGAAUCUGUAUAUGCUGCGGAGAAAGUAAUAGGAGCUGGGAAGGCAUGGCACAAGAAUUGUUUCCGGUGUGCAAAAUGUGGCAAGAGUCUAGAAUCUACGACUUUGACUGAAAAAGAUGGGGAAAUCUAUUGCAAAGGUUGUUAUGCCAAAAACUUUGGACCAAAAGGAUUUGGAUUUGGCCAAGGAGCUGGAGCACUUGUGCAUUCAGAGUGAAGAUCAUGUGAAAGGCUGAUGAGAGAAGAUUUAUUGACCACGUCUUAAUGCUUUGUUACUAAGCGAGUUUGCUAUUCCCAUAUUUCACUAAUCAGUGUGAAGUUGUGCUUAAGUUUCUGUACUAGGACAAAUGCUUGCAUUUGCCUAUUGCUAAACUCACUCUUUGUAGAUUUUUUUUUUUCUACAAGAAUAUUUUGUCUCAACACUAAAGCAAUAAUAUAUAUCUGUUUUUUUUUUAUUGAUUCUUAGCUACUUUAUAUCUCAAAAUAAAUGUCAAUGUUUAAUAGACAA